AUUUGGCCCCUCGUCUCAUUCUCCAAUCACUCACUUUCACUGAACUCCUUCAAUCGUCAGCUCUUACCUUAGCAAUUGCCUUUACAUAUAUGAUAUGAUGAUGCAAAGCCCAUCCAUCGUUAGGUUACUUGAAGCACCAUCAGACGACAGAAAAUAAAAUGAAACCCACAAAUCCCUUCAACCUCUUCUGCUUCUUCCUUUUCAUUGUUCUUGCAGUUUUGGAAUUCCCUGUAUCGGCGUACCAUGACAGCCCAUACAGUCGCAGUAGCAGCAUAGUCUUUGCUACUCUGGGAAGAUCAAGCUAUCAUUUUGAUAUCUAUUCUCUUCCACUAUGGGUCGCACCCGCUAGCUCUAACGAACUUCGGCUGACUGAUGGAGUUUCCGUUAAUUUCAACGGCUAUUUUCCCUCGCCCUCAUCAGUCUCCAUGCUCUUCGGAGCACCUGAUUGGACCCCGGCUGAUGUCUCUCCUCCUCCUCUCCAUCUCGUCUAUGUUACGGAAAGAAAUGGUAAUUCGCAUGUAUUUCUCGACUCGCUUUACUACCGUGGACGCGAGCACACUGGAUCGAGAUCAAUUCUCGAGGAAGACCCAUCUGAGCCAACUCGGAGCGAGCUGACUCGUUUUCAGUUCCCUCUGGUGGGUUUGGAGGAGUCUGAUGGGCGGGUUUCGAUGAAGGAUAAGCCGACUCUGGUGGGUGAGUAUUUGAUUUACGUGUCGACUCAUGAGAACCCGGGUGUGCCUCGGACGAGUUGGACUGCUGUGUACUCUACCCACUUGAAGACCAGGUCGACUCGGAGGUUGACGCCGUACGGGGUGGCGGAUUUUAGUCCAGCAGUUUCGCCUUCCGGGGUCUGGACUGCGGUGGCGUCGUACGGGGAGAAGGGGUGGGGCGGUGAAGUUGAGGAACUCGGUACGGAUAUUUAUCUGUUCCUUACCCGGGACGGGUCAAGCCGAGUCAAGGUGGUUGAACACGGUGGAUGGCCGAGUUGGGCUGAUGAUUCAACUUUCUACUUCCACCGGAGGUGCGAGGAUGGUUGGUGGAGCGUUUUUAAGGCUAGUAUUCUGAAAAACCGAAAACGCGGUGUUGACUCGGUGGUGACUGAGCGAGUCACCCCACCGGGUUUCCACGUGUUCACACCUGCAGCUUCGACGUCUAAUGAGAGCUUUAUUGUUGUGGCAACAAGAAGACCAGAUUCGGCGUUUCGCCACAUAGAGCUGUUCGACGUCGUUUCGAAACAAUUCGUCGAAUUGACCCGACCCAUUUCGCCCAACGUCCACCACUUGAACCCGUUCAUCUCUCCGGACUCAAGUCGGGUCGGGUACCAUAAAUGUAGAGGGUCAAGCAAUGGGCACAAGAGUACCAACCUUAUACUUGAGAACCUUAAGAACCCCCUGUCCGAAAAAAUCACCCUUUUCCGGAUUGACGGAGAUUUCCCUUCAUUUUCACCCGAUGGAUCGCGGAUCGCGUUCGUGGAGUUCCCGGGUGUUUAUGUGGUAAAUAGUGAUGGGUCGGGUUUGCGGAAGGUUUUCGAAAGAACUGCUUUCUCAACUGCAUGGGAUUGGAAAAGAAAAGGGGUGGUUUACACUAGCGCAGGACCCACAUUUGCCAGUGAAAGCACUGACGUGGACAUAAUCUCUAUUAAUGUUGAUGAUGAAAAUCUUAGCUACAAACAAUUGACUAGAGGAGGCAAAAAUAAUGCAUUUCCAUCCACGUCGCCCGAUGGAAAAUGGGUCGUGUUCCGGUCGGGUCGAUCCGGGCACAAGAACUUGUAUAUAAUGGAUGCCUUGGAAGGAGAAACGGGUGGGCUUUCUAGGUUGACGGAGGGUCCGUGGUCCGAUACCAUGUGUAACUGGUCCCCAGAUGGCGAGUGGAUAGCCUUUGCUUCAGACCGAGAAAAUCCGGGUUCGGGUAGCUUUGAAUUGUUUAUGGUGCAUCCGAAUGGAACGGGGCUCCACAAGUUGAUCCAGAGUGGCUCGGGCGGGCGGACGAACCACCCGUGGUUCAGUCCAGAUAGCAAGUAUGUUGUGUUCACCUCAGACUAUGCUGGGGUGUCAGCUGAACCAAUAUCAAAUCCCCAUCACUAUCAGCCAUAUGGUGACAUAUUUGUGAUCAAAUCAGACGGUUCUGGGAUACGCAGAUUAACACAUAAUUCAUAUGAAGAUGGGACUCCUACAUGGGGCUCCACAUACAUGAAGGAUGAUGAUGUUGAACGGCCUAAUGGCGGAACAACAUGUUCUUUCGAGGAUUGUCACUGGCUCAAUAUAAGCCCCAACUCUUCAAGCCUGUACUCUGCACCUGUUAAACCUCAGUGUUCUCAUUGAGUGGACAAACACUUGCUUUUCUUGUAAUCAUGUACUCUUGCACUUAGCGCUUGUUCUAGUUUUUGAUGAGUACAAUGAUGUACUGAUGAGCUUAUUUAUGUAAAUGUUGUGCAUUACAAUAAAGUAGAUUGUUGUCCUAAA